UGAAUACGCGCUUUGUUGAAAAUAGAUAUCGGUUUUGAUUGCCCGUUUUAUAGAAGUUUUAAUUAAGUUUGAAGUUUAUUUUUGACGAAUAAAACAUGGAUUUUAAAUACUUAGUUUGUUUGUUUUUCACAACUUGCACAGUGUCAGAGGUUCUGUCCUUGACCUGUUACCAAUGCAAUUCGAUAACCACGCCGAACUGUAGGGACCCAUUCAGCUCCAAAGGAGUAAAUACCUCGGGUUGCAUCGGCGUUUGCUCGAAACUAAAAAUCAACGAUGAACACUUUUUAAUUGGGGGAGAAAUUGUUAGGGAUUGCCUACCAACCAGCUUCGUAUAUGGCGGUGAUACUUGCGAACAGGCUUCCGCCUUCGGUUACUCCGGGGAACUCUGCAUGUGUAACGCCAACCUUUGCAAUGCAGCCGGCUUGACAUCAGCUACCUGGAGUAGUAUUGCCAUAACAGCCAUUUUCUUCACCAAUCUCAUUGUUUACUGGACGUAAAUCUAAGCGUGAAGGAAAACAGAUUUAACGAAAUUUUAAUAUUGUUCUGCUGUGAAAAUUCUAACAAAACAUUAUAUACUCGGCCAGGAAAGGAUUGUGACUUGGUACAUCACUUGAAAAUAUGUAAAGCUUUUGAGAUCUUAUAUUUUUUUAGGUUUAUAUCGCAUCAAAAGAGGUUUUUAGCGAUUAUUCUGCUCCAAAUUAAAAAGAGUUUCAAGUAAAUGCCAUAAUUAUCGUUAUGUCUAAAGCACAAAGGGGUUAACCUGGAAAAGUGAAAAUGUUCGUCGAUUUGUUAGAUCUGGCGCGUUUCGGUAAAAACGUCAAAACGUGUUGGCUCGAUAUCGCUUGGCUCGAUUUCCUCGUUGCCUUGGAAUUAUGUUAAAGGAUCAAUUUUUAUUAACUCUUAACCCGCUUGGUUCGAUAUUCGCGAGGCUCAAAGUAUUUUGGCCGAUCCCUGCGAUAUCGAGCCAACGGGGUUCCUCUGUAUGUUCAACUGAAAUUUGAUCUCCAAAUAGUCUUACAAAAUGAUAAAAUCGUGAAAAGUCGCUUUGCAGCUGAUAUUUUGUAGUAAGGUACUAGUUGUGGCUUUGUUGACAGACACUACCCGUAUCAAAUAAAACGCAUUGUUGCAUGAAUUUUUUUGCUGAGUAUAUCUUCUUUUGAUAUUUUUUUUAAAUUGAUAAUUUUUACUUGUCUCAUUAUUUUUUCUCUUUUUUUUCAUGAAUUAUUUUCAUAUGCGAUUCUUGUUUGGUUGCAUAAAUUUUAUUAUGAUAACUGCUCUUUAGAGGAUAUACUUUGAUUGUUUUCCAUGAUUAUGUGUGCAAGCUUGUCUGAGAGUAUUAUUAUUGGUAUUUAUUUAAUAUUUUUUACAGAAAAACACAUUUAAUGACAGUAUAUUUUUAUCCAACUUGCGCUUGAUUAAACUAUUAUUCAAACGUUGUAUAAACCGUUUGUGUCUAAAAACAGAUGCAUUUUCUUUAACCAUGCGUGUGGUCAACGGUGAUGUUUUAUGACCAUUUGCCAUAUAAUCACAAUAGCCAUCGGUAAAUUUUGCAGUAUAUAAGGAUGGUUUAUGUCAUUCCAGUGACUCUUUAUGUUAACUUUCUUGUAAGUUAAUUAGCUCAUAAGUAAGCUAGGGUAAAGUGUAACUUAUCUCAUGAUAAAUCGUGUGUUUAUGAGCUAUGGACUUUGAUUACAACUGUGCUAAACCUAUAUACUAUGUAGACAUAUGUGAGGUUAUGGUUAAAACUCCCAGUGGCCUGUUAUACCGGUGAGUUAAUGUCUCACUGACAGUCCCAGGGCGGAAGUCCAAUCAAUUAUCAGUAUAUCUAGUGUGCUGCGUUGGCUAGAUGUGCGAUUUUUGCAUGUUUGUAUCUCUCUGAGCAGUGUUAACAUUGUGGUUAGUGACUUUUGCACUUUUACUGUGGGUUUAAUUUAGUAUUGUUUGGAAUAAAUAAUUGUUGUGGUGAAAUUUAAUUUCAAAUAAAUGUCAUACCAAUUCAGACUGUAUUCAUUGUGUACAUUAGUUUGUAAGGUAGUUAAGUGUACUGUAAGAGUUAUCUGACCUUACAUAGCAAAAUAUUAACACAAAGGAAAAGAAAUAUUAUUACCGUUAACGUUUCGUCGACGACAAAGGUGGAUGCAUCGAUUUCCAUUCCAUCCGGACAAUAUCUGCUCUACAAUAUCACUUGUUCAAACUAUCUUAUUAUAGCCUGAUUGAGCGGACGGCUGGAAGCGGAUUUGAUUAACCUUUGAAUACGUUUCCUUGUAAGAUACCAGUACUGUUUCCAUUUUGAGAGGUCAUGCGAAAGUA